CUUCUUCCCAACCCGACCACCGCCAACCCCAGCAUCUUCUUUCUUCAUCCAUACACAGUCAACACCCAAAUAAAACAAAAAAUAAACAUAAAUUAAAUUAAUAGAAAAGGUUUCCAGCUCGCCUACCACCAACCCGUCAGACCCUGAAUCCCACCACCAUCAUCUUCUUCUUCUUUCUCCUUUCUCUCUGCUCUCUUAUCUGGAACAGUACUUGCUCUCUCUGCAAAACCCGACUCUGCCGAACUAAAAUGAGCGCCGCUGAAGAGGAACCCGGCAGUAAACCAGUUUCGCUCUACAACUCUGGUACAGCGUCGCAGCCGCUUCUCUCCAAGCCCAUCUCAGCAAUCGAAGAACCGCCCCUGCGAGUUGACCCGGAGGAGCCUGACCCGACCCACUACCUCCAGAUCUCUUACAAUUACGGACCCAGGUCAUUCAAGGACCUUCCCUUCCUCAUUCUCUUCGUCCUCACGGUGAUCUUCACUUUCGCUUUUGGUAUCUUCUCAAUCUUCCACAGGAACACCAACUACAGCAGCCUCUCUUCCUAUACUUACGACCCUGCUUCGACUUCCUGCGUUAAAACCUCGCUUUCUCUGUCAUCUUCAGCUGAGGAUUACUGGGUCCUCGGUGCUCAGCUGUUAUCUUCUUCGAGUUCAACUUCUUUCUUGAAGGAUUUGACAUGGACCCUUGUGGUAACUCUGGUUUUAAGCGCGCCCAUAUGUUUUCUUCUGCUUUUAGCUCUUAAACAUUAUGCUAAACAGAUUGUAUAUGCGACCCUUCCUUUCUUCGUCGUCUUGCCAAUCUUCUUCGACGUUUACUGGUUCGUUGCUUGCACUGUUAGCCCUACUUGUCGCGAUGCAUUCCCUCUGGCUUACAGAAUUCUGGUCCUUGUGCUAGUGUUUUUUGCUAUUGGAAUAAUUAUCUGGAUAUUUAUUGCUAAUUGGCACAGAAUCCAGUUGACUAUUAGCAUAAUCGGGGUUGCCUCAGAUGCAUUAUCGAAGAAUUUGGGCUUAUUUUUGGUGCUGCCAUUGUUGGUUAUCGGUUUGGUAAUUUACUACGUGCCGAUUGUAGUGUUCUUGGUGUUUUCAAGAUUUAAUGGGAAGAUUGUGCCGCGAGAAUCCGAUGGAGAAUUCCUGUGUGUUUGGAAGCAGGACAGCUGGGUGCCGGCGUACUAUACAUUGGCCACCCUUACGAUGCUCUGGUCUUGGGCUGUAAUGGUGGAAACCCAGGUUUAUGUCAUCAGUGGAACUAUUGCACAGUGGUAUUUUUCGAAAGAGGAAUCUACUCCCAAGCGGAGCAUUAGAAAUUCGUUGAGAAAUGCAUUUGGUCCAUCAUCUGGAACGAUAUGUUUCUCUGGACUGAUUAUUUGUGUAGUCCGUUUUGUGCGUGCUGCUGUUGAUAGUGCAAAACAAGAAGAUGCCCCCGGAAUUGUUAAUCUUAUUCUGCGGUGCUUUGUUAAUGCUUUACUGAUAGCUGUAAAAUUUCUUAACAAGUUCACCAUCAACUUUGCAGCAAUCUCUGGCGAGGCUUAUUGCACUUCUGCAAGGAUGACAUAUGAGCUUCUAGACGUACUUCUCUCGGCUGUAUUCGUGAGACUGUCUCCACUCGCUUGUGCUAUUCUAAAGGGGGCGAGCAAUCUUGGUGCCGAUUCAUAUGCAGUGGCUUCUCUUGCAUGGGUUCUACUGAUUCUCGUUUUGGGUUUCUUUGUACACGUGUUGGACAACGUUAUUGAUACCGUAUAUAUCUGCUAUGCAAUAGAUAAGGAUCGAGGAGAAGUCUAUAAACAGGAGGUGCACGAAGUUUAUGUGAACCUACCGAUAAGUAGAAACCAGAGAUUUCAUUUUGCCCCUACGCCGCUGGAUGUGUAG